AUGCAAAAACCCUGCGAAUUCGACCAAAACGGACACUCCUUGUACAAGUUGAGUCUAAAGAUCUUGAAGAAGUUCUCGUUGAUGAGCCGGGUGACCAACGGCCGCGCAUACACGUUGAGGAGGUUGAUCUCCUCGAACGUCACGUUCGCACUGUCCUUGAUCACCGUGGCCGUGUACUCGUCCCAGGAGGAAAAUGGCGUGUUUUCAAACUGGUGGAUCGACUGGUACUCGUACUGCGGCGGCAGUUUCUCGGGCUUCUGCUCGAGCGACGAAACCUCCUGCAAUCCGAACGCCAUUCCGGUGCUCACAACAAGCCCCACGGCGCUUAGUACGGCGUUUAAUCUCAUUUCCAAGAGGAAGGUGGCAAAAUGUCAAGUGGUAAAUGAUUCAGAACCUUUUCAACCCGGUCCUGAAGAUACAUCGGGUUCACGUCCUCGACAAACCGGUAGAAGUAGAUCACCAGGGCGUGGUAGAACGACAUCACGUGGUGGUAGAUACCCUCGUGUCGUGCGGAAAUGUACUGGACACCCUGCUCGUCCACUGUCAACGUCCAUUCCAGUUUCCAGCUGA